AUGGAGGAAACAUUGUGUCCUAAGAUCGGCAUGGAGUUUCAGUCAGAAGAUGAGGCAUACAACUUCUGCAAUAGGUACGGAUUAGUUGUUGGGUUCAGUGUUCGGAAAGACUACUUGAACAAGGAUAAAGACGGUGUAGUUACAUCGAGGAGAAAAGUAAGUAUUUCUCAAGGAACCCAAGCUGAGAUUGCAAAUGAUGCAGGAAUAUCCUUGAAACAAUCCCAUGAACUCAUUGGAAAAGAGGUAGGUGGAUUAGGCAAUAUUAGCUACACUCGUGAUGACUUAAAACGCUAUCUGAGAUGGGCAUGCGGGGGGCCUGGACGGUUGUCUCUGACAACCGUCCCAGGCAGUUCACGGCCUGGAUGA